AUGACGAGUAAUAUGCCAGACUCGUUUUUUAAUAGAACAAAAAUAGUAGGUAUUUGGGACUUUUGUUGGACUUUGUUUGGUUUGCCACAAAUCGGGUUAAAUUCUAAGUUAUUGGAGUGGGAUUUAAUCCUCUUUUUAAAACCAAAUUCGCUGGAAGUCCAAAAGAAAACUUCAAAGAACAGACAAACAGCUAUUGACAUGGACGUAACGACUUCCACGCUUAUCAAAUCACUUCUUUUGGAAUUGAUAAGUCCAAAGCUUCAAUCUUCUCCAAAAGAUUUGACAGACAAAGUUAAAGACGAGAUAUCAAAAUACACUCACGACGUCACACUCGAACCUUUCACAACACACGACUAUCUUACAAAGUAUAAAUACCAUAUGAUAUCUGUAUUCUUCUUCAUAUUGGUUCUCAUCUCUUUAGCUUCCCCAGCAACUACCAGUAUCAUUUCCGUCCUCUUUGUCUUCUUUCAUUAUUUGGUAUACCACGCACGCUUCUUUGAUAUCACAAAGUACUUACCUGGGAAAUCCGCAAAUAACAUUUUUGCAUACCUCCCCACAGAAAAUGUCGAAAGUGCAAAAACAGUGUUGGUUAUAGCACACACUGAUAAGACCAAAAAGGACGUGAGCCGACGUGGUCCAGUCAUCCAAGUCAUUAUGAACGUCGCAAUUUACUUGUUGACGCUUUGUGCGUUAAUUGGGUUUGUUGGGGGAUUUUUCUUCGGAGACUAUUUGCUGUAUCCAGUCAUCUCAAUUUCGUCAGUCCUUUGUGUCAUUCUGUCGCUGAGUAUAAUUAAAUACUCGGCGUUAGGGGAUAUACAAGGUAUCGCAACAACAUCAUGUGCGAUUGAAAUCUUAAACAAAUUCAGUGGAAAAUACGGGGGAAAUUCCUGCGACAAUUCUGAUAAAAAAGAAAAGCAGAAAGUCAAUUUAGCAAUUUUAAUUGUUCCAACGAAUUCAGAAAGGCACGAAGGAGUUAAAGCGUUUAUGACAACACACGACAAAGACAAGAGAGUGAAUCCAGAGAGUACCACAGUCAUUUGUCUCGACCAAUUAGACGACAGCGGUAAUAUUCGUGUUUUAAAAAGAGAAGGAUUUUCAGUGUAUAACACCGAAGUAAUGCAACGACUUGUCGAAGCAUCUCAAGAGGAAGGAAUCAAGUUAUUUGAAACCAUUAACAUACUUCGAACACCAUUCACUAAUGCAUCAGAGUGUAAUAAAAUAUAUAAAGUGGCUGCCAUUCAAUCAUUAUGUAGAACAUCGACUCGGGUCGAAAGAGAUGGUAUAGAGUAUUUGGCUAGUCUCGACGGAAUCGAGAUGAUGAUUCAUGAGGAUCAAAUUAAAACAAUAAACGAUGUUUCUGAAGUCAUCAUGAAAUACAUAACACUUGAAGAAACACCAAUCGGUGACAAAGAAAACACUUCUAAGAAGUCAGAGAGUUUCGAGGAAGAAAACACACACUUUGCAGAGGACAAAGGUCUCCUCAAUUCUGUAGUGAUUGAUGAUUAA